AUGGCGACUCCUGGCGCAUCUGAACCAGACCCCCCGAGCCCCUCAUCUCCCUCCCGGCCGCGGCAGCCUGCGCCACUGGUGGAGUUGGUGUUGGAGCUUCAGGAGGAGUUGCGGGCCUACCUCUUCUUAUUCAUGGAGGUGGCUUGCCUUGGGCAGGCGGCGCCCACGUGCUCCCAGCUUCGUAACGGCCUGUGGUCCGAUGCAGCUUUCUGGAAGGCGUAUGCCGGCGUUUGCCUGAAAGAACACUGGCGAGAAGCCAACGCUGCGAUCUUGAGGGAGCGAUUUCGAGUCUGGCUCUUCCACCUCGAGGGAGAAUGGGAGAAAGACUUCGCUGAAGUCAUUGAGCAGGAUUGCCGCUCUGAGUUCGGAGCCAACUUCUUGCAACUACUUCAGGAUGCAAGGUACAUCGCGUCGGGCCUGAUGCCUGCAGACCGGGGCCCGCGAACCGACCAGUUUGUCCAGUUGGUCUGCUCGCUGCUUUCACGGUACAACCCCAAGCAGCUGGAUGAGAGAUGGGCUGCAGAGAGCUGCCUCUCCAAGGUUGAACAGAGGACCGACGUCUUCGCUGACGAUCAGGUCUCGCAAGUGGCCGGUGCUUUUGCCGAGUCGCUGGAAAGGUCCAUGCUGGAGCAGCACUUGGAGGGUGCUGAUGAAGCCCUCUGGGCAGAGCCACUGCCCGAGGGGGCGUGGCAGACUUGGGAGCUCGAAGAAGAGGAUCCAUCUGAGGACAGCUUUCCCGGCAUGAACACAGAUUUUGGAGACUGGUCUCCGACUGCAGCAGUGGAGGAGUCUGAUAUGGAUCAGCUCCUGAGCCACUGA